AUGGCGACCAGCCUGACCCUUCUCUUGGUCGUUGGCGCUGUGUCUCUGCUGGUGCGAGUGUUGCGCCUGGGGAGGCGCCCAGCCAACUAUCCUCCAGGACCUCCAACCGUCCCAUUCCUUGGUAACAUCCAUCUGAUGCCGACUCACGAUGCACACAAACAAUUCCAGAAGUGGGCUGAAGAGUAUGGCCCUGUGUACAGUCUCAUCCUGGGAACCAAAACCUUGAUCGUUCUAUCGAGCGCCGAGGCUGUCAAGGAUCUCCUGGACAAGAGGAGCGCAAUCUAUAGCGAUCGUCCAGAGAUGUACAUUGGGCAGGACCUUGGCAGUGGAGGGCUUCGUCUGCUGAUGAUGGGUUAUACACCGACGUGGCGUUCGAUCCGCAAGCUUGUCCAUGGACUACUCAAUGUGACUGCUGCCACGAGAUACUUGCCGUAUCAGAUGCUUGAAAACAGGCAGAUGCUGUACGAGAUUCUACAGAAACCUGACGAUAUUCAGCAUCACAUACGCCGCUACGCCAACUCACUGACAACUACCAUGACUUUUGGCUGGAGGACACCAUCUGAGAAUGACCCCCAACUUCGGCAGCUUUUCCACGGUUUCGAAGAGUUCACGGCACUAGCCAUGACUGGAACUUCAGCGAUGCUAGACUCCUUUCCACUCCUCCGCAGAUUGCCCGAUGUUUUCCUUCCGACAGCCGCGAAGGCUCGGUCUUUGCACAAGGUAGAGAGACAGCUCUACGUGGGACAUUGGCUCAAAGCCAAGAACGGUCUCAAAGACGGAACAGCGCAUCCCUCAUUUUCGGUCGAUAUGGCACAUUUUCAGGAGAAGGAGGGCUUCAGCGACCCCCUGGCAGGCUACACGACUGGCACACUCCUUGAGGCCGGUUCGGGCACAACAUCCGACACGCUCUACGCCUUCGUACAAGCCAUGAUCCUGUUCCCUGACGUACAGCGGAAAGCCCAGAAGGAAAUUGACAGUGUGGUGGGCGACAAUCGCCUUCCCGUCAUGGAAGACUACGCGAACUUGAGCUAUAUCAGAGGCUGCAUCAAAGAGUCGCUGCGUUGGAUGCCGACGACGAUCUUGGGAGCUGUCCCGCAUGCGGCGACUCAAGAUGACCAUUAUAUGGGCUACUUGAUCCCGAAAGGGGCAGGAGUCAUGAACAAUGUCUGGGCCAUCAACAUGAAUGCUGAUCGCUAUCCCAAACCGCGCGAGUUCAACCCGGACCGAUAUGCAGAUGAUGCUCAAUCCCUCUUCGAGUCUGCGCUCAAUCCAGACCCGUCGAAGCGUGACAAUCUCACCUUUGGGGCUGGUCGUCGCAUUUGUCCCGGUAUCCACAUCGCAGAACGAAGCCUCUUCCUCGGAAUCUCACGACUGCUAUGGGCAUUCCAUUUCGAGCCGGCGCUUGAUCCGCAGACGAAGAAGCCCAUCUGGCCGGAUCCCGAGAAGCUGACGCAGGGAUUUGAUUGUGGACCUAUCCCCUUCCUCACUCAUAUUACACCGAGAUCAGAGGCGCGCGCCGCACUGGUGCGUGAAGAGUGGCAAGAGGCACAGACGUUGCUCGAUCCUGUAACGAAGCAGUGGAAUGAGGCUGCCAGAAGGGAGGUCAUUGGCAUGUAA